AUGGCGUUUUGGGAAGCGGCUGAGCUCUUUGCAGAGUUUGGGACCUUGAAGAAGGCAGCUGUGCACUAUGACAGAUCUGGCCGCAGCCUAGGGACGGCAGACGUGCAUUUCGAGAGGAAGGCAGACGCUCUGAAAGCGAUGAAGCAGUACAACGGCGUCCCCUUGGAUGGGCGCCCCAUGAACAUCCAGCUGGUCACGUCACAAAUCGACACACAGAGGAGACCAGCACAGAGUGUAAACAGAGGUGGCAUGACCAGAAACCGCGGUGGCUCAGGAUUUGGUGGUGGAGGAGGCAACAGGCGAGGUACUCGUGGCGGGAACAGGGGGAGAGGCAGAGGAGCCGGGAGAACUUCCAAACAGCAGCUCUCCGCAGAGGAACUAGAUGCACAGCUGGAUGCUUACAAUGCCAGGAUCUUUGAAAAGGACCGCGUGUGA